AUGGGUAAACGCGAUUAUUCACCGUGAGUUUAUUGAACCAGAAGCUGAAAAUAUCUUAAAUUUUCUACAGAAAGCGUAAAAAUGAGCGGAGAAAUGAUGAAGUUUCAAAAAUGCGAGAUAAAAUGAGAAAUGGCUUGGAACAAGCAUCCACAUCGAAAAGAAGAGAAGAAUAUACGCAUAGUUCAGAAGUGUUGGAUAAAUUUGAAACUUCAGGAUUUCAACCAGCCACGUUUCGAACAGGAGAACGAAAAAAGGAGACAUCCAAGGAGAAAUCGCAAAAUUCGCACGAUUCUGCGAUUUUUGGACCCGCCUGGAAAUCGGCUGAAACAAGGAAAAAGUUGGAGGAGAAACAAGAGGCUUUUGUUGAGGAAAUUCCGAUGCCAGUGUCGAAAUCGCAUGUUCCAAUGAUACCUGAUCAUGUGAGUGCUUUUGGGGUGAAAACUUGAUGAAAAUUUCAAAUUUUGGUGAAAAAUUUAUGAAAAUCAUGAAAAAUUGCCGGAAAAUCCUAGUUUUCACUGAAAUUUUGUUGAAAAGCUGAAGUUUUAUGGAAAAUUUCGAGUUUUUUGUUGAGAAAAGGCUCUCAAGUUUUAUUUUAUUGAUUUUUCAUCGAAAAAUUCAAGUUUCUCUGUAGAUUUCGCUGAAAAUCUGAUAUUUCAUCGAAAAACCUGAAAUUUAUCUUAUUUGGAACUGAAACAUCGAGUUUUCUUCGAUAAAAUUCAAAAAAUAAAAAUUUCCAAACUGCCACGUCAUAGUUCACGUGAAAAAUUUUGAAUUUAAAAAAUUCGCGCUAAAUUUUGCAAUCUGUGACGUGGCAAUUGAAAAUCUCAAAUUUUCCCCGCAUUGCUCAUAAUACACUAAUUUUCAGAUGCUCUCGGAGCACUCGGAAACUCGCAAAGCACAAUGGUUCGAAUAUUGGAAGUCUACCAGGCAGCAAUUAUUGUCCUAA